UGCGUACACAUAUAUAUAUUGGAUUAGAUGAUUGCGUAUUAUUCACAUCCACGAAUGAUUGUUAGACAGGUUAAGUUUUUUAAAAUGUUUGUUAUGUUAUUAAUAAUGUGAAUGCAUCAUGCAAAUACAAGAAAUAAAAUUUCUUGGUUUUUGCUUCAUUCUUAUAUUCCUCAAUAUUGGAAUAUCUGGUGGCAUUGGUGGAGGACAUUCUUUUACAUACAAAUCGAUAGGUUCUUAUAUCGAUACAAGUAUUGGUUCAGAUGUAUUUUUUGAAAUUAUAUAUCCACCGGAAUUGGAGUAUACGUAUAAAUUAAGGCCCGCGAAAGAUUUUGGAGCGCCAUUCAAUGCAAGUUUUUUAGAAGAAAAAAUUCCUUUAGUUCCAACUGAUCCUCCUCAUGGCUGUCAAAUAGUAAGAAAUGCAAAAGAAUUAAAAGGUAGAAUUGCAUUAGUUGAGAGAGGAGAUUGUAGUUUCUUUGCUAAAAGCAUAAUGGCAGAAGAAGCUGGCGCAAAGGCUGUAAUCAUAGCAGAUUAUCAUUCAUCUUCUAUGGAAGAAUCAAUAACUAAUUCUUUAUGGGCUGAUUAUUAUUACAUAGAGAUGAUACGCGAUGAUACUAUUCCAUCAUCAAAGACUGUAAACAUUCCCGCUGGAUUUUUGCUCGGUAAGAACGGCAAAAUGAUCCGGCAGACUCUAAAACGUUUGAAUCAACCAUUUGCCUUAAUCAAUAUCCCAGUGAAUUUAACUUAUACUUCUUUAGAUAAAUUACAUCAACCUCCUUGGUUGUUUUGGUGAUUAUUCAUAGAAUUUUUCAGUGAUUUUUAUAUCAUAAAGCAAAUAAUUUAAAAAGAUAAUAAAUUUUGAAAUUAUUACUGAAGAAAAUGGGAUUAGUUGCAAUCAAAAUAAUCAUAAAAAAUUUAUUGUGCAUCGUAAUUGUAAAAUGAUAAGAAAUGUAAUUUUAUGGAAUUUAUUCUUAUGAAUUAGCAAUUAUUUUGUGAGAGGUCGCGUUUCUCUUUCUAACCAUUCAAGUGCUUGAACAUUUUCUGGUCCUUGCAAUAGAGGUUUUAUAGUAUUCAAACAUUUUGCAUGAUAAUUAUUCAAAUAUUGAAUCUAAAAAAAAAUUACAAUCAAUUAUUUUAAAGCAAUUAAUAUAAGAAGAACAAAUUGAAUCUAUACCUCAACAUCCGUUAAUAAGGAAACAUCAAGUAGUUUAGUUUGAAUAGGCACCAAUGUAACUGUUUCAAAAGUAAGAAAACCACGAUUCUUAUGAUUAUAAUGUGUAUUUGCCUUUA